AUGGCAGAGUUAGAGGCACAAGUCAUUCCUCGGGAUGACGAGAUAUCGAAGGAACUCAACAUCGUCGAUUUUGAAGGCCCCGAUGAUGUAGAGAAUCCAUUCAACUGGCCCACGAAGAAGAAAGCGCGUCAGCUGGUUCUGAUGUCUUUCAAUACGUUUAUUACCCCUUUGGCCUCAUCGAUGUUUGCCCCGGGAGUCGGCGAUGUCAUGAAAGAGUUCAAUGUUACUAGUAGCAUGAUCGGCUCUUUCGUUGUCUCUGUCUACAUCCUGGGCUAUUGUUUCGGGCCUUUCAUUAUCGCACCUCUCUCUGAGAUUUAUGGCCGCCUUGCAUUAUACCACAUCUGCAACAUAAUCUUUCUCAUAUUUACGAUCGCCUGCGCCGUCGCUCAAACUAUGCCGCAGCUGAUCGUUUUCCGUCUAUUUGCGGGUAUGGCUGGCGUCUGUCCCCUGACCAUUGGUUCUGGUACAGUCGCCGACAUGGUCCCGAAAGAGAAGCGCGCCGGCAUCAUGGCCAUCUGGUCAAUGGGUCCAAUUCUCGGACCAGUUGUUGGGCCUGUCGCAGGUGGAUUUUUGGCCGAAGCGGAAGGCUGGCGCUGGGUGUUCUGGGUGAUCGCCAUUGCAACUGGGGUAAUGAUAAUCUUAACAAUGAUAUGGUAUCGCGAAACUUAUGCGCCCGUGCUACUCAAGCGUAAAGCUGCCCGUCUGCGCAAGGCCACUGGGAAUUCUAAUCUCCGAUCAAUCCGUGACACAGGCGAACCUAUCUCCCAGCUAUUCUUGUCGGCAUUAGGCCGUCCGCUGAAGCUGCUCUUCGGCUCCCCUAUCGUCUCCAUGAUGGCCCUGUUUUCAGCCACCAUAUACGGCUACCUGUAUCUCAUGUUUACCACUAUCACUUCAAUUUUCGAGGACAAGUAUGACUUCUCACCUGGUAUCGCCGGUCUUGCGUACCUGGGCUUCGGCGUCGGAUGUAUGAUCGGGCUCGUCAUCACUGGAAUUGUGGCAAAUAGCAUCGCCCGUAACCAUGUGAAACGGGGCUGCUUUAGACCAGAGUCGCGUCUGCUGCCGAUGAUGGUCGGCUGUUGGUUUAUGCCCGCGGGCUUGUUCUGGUAUGGCUGGUCAGCACAGGCGGAUACCCACUGGAUUGUGCCCAUCAUCGGCACUGGCUGCUUCGCCAUUGGGUUAAUGGCGGUGUUCUCAUCCGUCAGUACCUAUCUAGUUGACUCGUAUCUACGCUAUGCGGCCUCCGUCACGGCAGCCAAUACUGCGCUACGGUCGCUUGCCGGUGCCCUACUGCCACUAGCUGGACCAUCAAUGUACGACGCGUUGGGAUUAGGAUGGGGCAACUCCCUGUUGGCAUUCAUUGCGCUAGCAAUGUGUGCGGUACCGUUCAUUUUCUGGAAAUACGGAGCGAAAAUUCGCACCCAUCCCCGUUUCCAAAUGAAGCUUUGA